ACYUCUGGAAAGAAUCUCAAUAACAAGGAGAUGAGCAAUAAAAAUAGACAGUUGACCACUGGCAGCCCCAGACCUAUCCAAGACCCACCAUCUUUUUUUAUUUUUUUAAAACAGCUGGACCAGAUAAUUAUUCAUCAGCAAGUGGAGCUUCUGGAAGCCAUACUUGGCACAGAGACCUCCAGCAAAUACGAGAUAAAAAACCRUUUGGGACAAAGAGUUUACUUUGCAGUGGAAGAGAACGACUGUUUUGACCGCAAGCUGUGCUCACCGCUGAGGUCYUUCACCAUCAGGAUUGCGGACAGCACGGGCCGGGAGGUGAUCCGAGUGAUCAGACCCUUGAGGUGCAACAGCUGCUGCUUCCCCUGCUUCCUGCAGGAGCUAGAAGUUCAGUCCCCGCCAGGCACAAUAGCUGGGUAUGUUGUCCAGAACUGGGACCCUUUUCUGCCAAAGUUUACUAUACAGAAUGAAAGUAAAGAAGAUGUACUAAAAAUAAUYGGUCCAUGUGCAACCUGUGGCUGUUUUGAUGAUGUUGACUUUGAGGUAAAAGCUCUCAGUGAGAUGACAACGAUUGGCAAAAUUUCCAAGUACUGGUCUGGAUUUGUCAACAAUGUCUUUACCAACACYGCCAACUUUGGGAUCCAGGUCCCUGUAGAUCUCGAUGUGAGGAUCAAGGCAGUAUUGAUUGGUGCUUGUUUCCUCAUUGACUUAAUGUUCUUUGAAAMCUCUUUGGAUGGAUUAUAACAAGAUGACAGAAACAAUGAAAUAUGCAGAAUGUGUUUCAGUAGGUAGAAAUGAACAUAAAUUGAUCUUCUUGCUUUGAAGACUUACACAUUUCUAAUUMUUUUUCAUUUUCUUCCAGAAAUCGCUUGAGCUUUGGACAUGAUUUUGAACUGCAAAAAUCCUUGUUCCUUAUAGGAAAAGACAGGAUCUAAUGAUGAUGUUUAUUAAAAUACGUCUCAUGUAAAUAAUAAUUUCCCACUUACAUUUUAUAUGUGCUAUAACUAAACACAUAGUUUUCACAAAAAGCACAGUUGCUUUGGAACAGUGCUAUUCUCUUCUUUCUCUUUUGAUGUUCCUGCAUGGGAAAUCAUGAAAGAUUAGAUGAAGGCUUGCAGCAUCGCUGAUGAAAGUCUAUGUUUAGAGAAGCCUUUGAUGUUUUGCAAGUGCUGGUACCAGUUACUAACCACAUGAGGGUGUGUUCUGSGGGUUUUGCUUUUUUAUAAUUUUGGAAGUAAUUUUCUGAUUUGUUAUUUAAUUAAUAGCAACAAACUGRCAUUGAAAGUAACAAAUAUAAAGACAUACCCGAUGGGAAGUUCGAGAUGUCUGUUUCAGUGAGUUGGAAKAAGGGAAGUUAUGUUUGACAGUAAACUGAUUUUAUGACAAAGAUUGUUUUAAUGAGUAGCARCCAGAAAUUAUGCUUCCAGCCCUAGACUUGGGAAUGUAAGGUCUGUUCAGAAAAUCUGAUCUUCCACUAUUUCCACUGAAGGCAGGCCGUGGAUAAAGUUUGAGAGAUGGUCCUUCAUGUGCCUGAGGCUCACAAAUCAUUUCCUCUGUACUAUCUGSUGUUAAGGAUCCUUGCUGCCACCUACUCAAGGCUUUCCUUGAAAGGUCUGUUCCUCUUUGUAAUAUCUGGUGGCUGAUAAUUUUUCAUUCAGACUUGCCUGAGGCCACCCUGGAAUGGAAUUUUUUCCAUUGGCAAGCUCACGUAUUUUGUAUGAUGACUGUGCAAAAGGAGCUUUUUGUAGUUCAGCAGUUUCACAUACUGUUCAUUCCUGCAGUCACACCUCAUCACACUGUUCCCAAACAGUCCCACAACAGCUCUUACUAAUACAGGCUUCCUUUGUAGGAAUGACAAAUAGGCAAGACAUAAACAGAUUUUUUUGCUGUAGUUGCAAAAAUAUUUGCUGUAUGAACUUGCUUGUGCCUCUCARAAACUCCAGUGGCUCCUUCAAGGAGCAAAUCAAUGCCAUAAAAUAUUGGUGAUAAACCCAAUUGCUCUCACAGUCACCAGUCAAGUUUCUACGGGGAACAUUUUACAAAUCAUUAGAAAUGCUUGAUUUUUUUUUUCUUAGUGUCAACCAGUAAUUCAAUUCUUGCAAACAACCAACACAUCAACGGAAAGAGAGGAGAUAAUGAAUAAUUCAUAAAAAUGAAAAAGAGCUAAAUUUAUCAGGUGAUUAAUUCUCAACAAAUAUUUAGACUAAUUUUAAAUUAAUGUUCAUGGAUAUGAAUUCAAACACAGUGAAGUCAGGAAGUUGCAACUUACGUUCCCAUAGUGAAAUUAACUCAGGAAUGCUUAUAGAUUUAAACAGUAUGUUUUAGAUUAUAUACCACAUUUAGGUAUUUAUACAGAUUUACAUAUGUCUUGAAAAUAAUUGUGSUUAACAAGCUCUGACAAUCAUCAUUAUCUGUUAACCCUUUCAUUCCUGGCUCUCGCUGUGGCUCGUAGCAGUGCAAUCAGGCUGCAAUUGGGARCUCACGGAACCGCUGCUGCCUCCUUUGCCAGGAAGAAGAAUCCUGUGAGCUUCGUGGGCAGGACGCUCCCUCGUGUGGAUUUGCAGAGGAAUACAGGAUGCUUUUUGCUAUUCUCGCAAUCUCACACUGGUGUCGUUCUGUUAAAUUCAGCUCUUGCACUCCUGACUGUAGACUGAGAAAAAG